AUGGCACCAACACUACUAAGUCUACCUGUCGAAAUUCGACUCAUGAUAUACGAACACCUUCUUGUUGCACCAUGGCCGCUUGACGUGGAUGAAUGGGUAUCCCGGGAUUUCCAAAACAGGACCUGGGGCCUUGUCGACCCAGCUAUCGUACGCACCAAUCGCCAGAUAUUCCAUGAAUCUAUCAACACCCUUUACUCCAAGAAUGAGUUCAGCGUAAUGUUGGCCCGUUUUCCUGAGAAGGUGGGGAGAUUUCUCGAGAACAUCGGGUCGAACAAUGCAGCCCAAGUUCGGAAAAUGGGCAUCUAUUACCCCGGCGGUGUUUUGCAGCCUCUUCCAAUCGAUUUCCCCGACACUGAAAAUUAUCUCAACCUCAAAGAUCACCCAGUCCCAGUGGGCACGGCUGCCUAG